UACCCAGUCAACAUUUUGGUCCGUAUAUUUUACAGUAUACGCAUGGAUAUAUAAUAUUCCAAAAUCGUAUAUUAUGCAUGAAAUCCUUAUAUCCGCACCAAAGUGGAGGUGAUAUACGUGUCAACAAAAACAAAGAUUCAACACAUAGAUAUCAUAUGCCACUCUUUACGAUACAAGACGACUAUUCGAUUGAUUCAGAGUAGAUGCUUUUUGGUAACAUGUACGAUUUCACUCGACAACAAUGAUUAUUGCAAAGUGAUGCCAUUCCUCAUUGAUACAACAUUGUAUACGAUCAACUCGUUUUAAAUUUUAGACAAAAAAAAACAUUCUACCGAUUAUUUUAGCAGUUUUACAUAUCAUUGCGCCUAUAACCUAUAACUGUCUUUAUAUUAUUGUGUAAAUAACAAUUCCACUGAAUACAUGAUCUGCUGCCCUAUCUGGAUUUGAACUCUUAUGUCCUGGUUGUUGGUUCCUCAUAAUCUGUCUGCGCCAUAUGUGAUUGAUACAAAAGGCAACAUAACACUCAAUAGCCUAACUUGACAUUGUGUGUGGUUCCUCGAAAUCUAAAAAUAGCUGCCCAAGUUACUGUACGAUAGUUUGUCCCCUUUGCAAUCAGUUAUAUACGACAUAUUGAUCAACAAUCGAACAAAACUUCAUUGCAAUAUGAUUUGAAAUCGUACAUUAGCCCGUGAUUUACUAUAUCUAUAUAAACGACCAUUGUAUUCUAUCAUAACGAUAAAAUGUAUGCAUUAUCGAAAACCUUAUACAAUGUGUAGAGAGUUUACUGCGCCACAGAGUAAGUGAUGCCGAAUUAGCAAACUUCAAAGAAAACUAAAAUUUGGCUACUAAUAUAAACACUCUACCGUGCACAAAGAUUUAGCAUGCAAAAAAACCAAACCGCUCAGAAGUAUUUUUUAUUUUUAAUUAUCCUGUUCCAUUGAAAAACUCAAGGCAAAUAUUAAGAAAAGUAAAAAUAAAAAUAUGCUGUAUAAAUAAAUCCAGCAUUCCGUAAUAUUCAUAUCUGGCAUCACUGUUUCCAUUGACAGCUUACCAAGCCAGACAUAUUUUGGACUCGCAGUGUUUGUUUUCGUCGAGCCGUUUUCAUUUUAUUUUCGAUAAAAAUCACCAGAUUCUCGUCAAGGUAAGUAAAAAACUAUUAAAUUAAACAAGUGAUAAUGAUUUUAUGUUGCUUACAGAUGUUUACCGUCGUACAGUUCAUCGAAAACCAGAAAUUUAAGGUCAUGGCUGUUCCCACGAAAUGGGUAAACAAAAGCUUCUUGUUGUGGCCAAAGCUUGCAAAUGCGAAAAUAGAAAACUUACGGCUUGCUGGACAAGAUUUUGAAGGAGCUACCAAGAAAAUCCCCGUCAUAGUUUGCGGCCGUUUUAAGGACAUUCAUCUGGCAGAGAAAGCAGCCGAGGAACUAUCCAAGCGGGAAGUUUCUGAUAUUGAUGGUAAGAAAAAACGAUUGAAACCUGCCAAGAAACCGAAAGCAACGACAGAAAAAAACUACAACACGAUGAUUGAAGCAUGCAAACUGCAACCACAAACCGAUGCACCUCGUUCAGUGAAAACAGCCAAACCUGUAAACAAAUUACAAUUGCCUGUGCGGUCGAAGGAUGUCUUCAGCAAUGAUGAAGCGAUCUCGGAAGCGAGCACCGUGGCUGGUCAAAGUGCUCCAGCAAACAUCAACACGAACCUAUCGGCUCAUGCACCAAACAAGGCGUCUUAUGAUGACAGCUGUGGGCAGAUAAACUAUUCUACACCAACGCAGCAAACAGCAGCAUGCGAGAUGACCCAAAACAUUGCUACAGGAGCGUGUACAGGAGCCACCCAAAAAACGUCGUCAUUUGUUCAACCGACAUCUUCUAAUGCACAAGGCAAUGUUACGUCUGUUUUCCAGCUGCCUCAGACAAAUCAAACGGUAUCAAUCAUGAACCCCGCAGAUCAGUGGCCUACAUCGAGUAAACUUAUUGGAGGAGCGUCACCUGAAACAAUGGUAGAUGCUGACCCCAUAUACUUGCAGGGAGAAAAUAUCGUGUACAUCCAGCCUUCCGAUGAAAACGACAUUCCUGGUAUACAAAUCGCAGGAUCGAUGAGCUACGAGCAAAUGAAAGCUGACCUGAAAGUUUUCAUCGAAGAAACUGUCGAUAAAUCCAUCGAGAAAGCGUUUCAAACCAACUUUGCACGUUACGCAGCCUUGUCUGACAUCCAAGCUAAGGAAGACAAUGCGAAUACCAAACCAGAUGACACCGUUGAAAGACAUGAGCCGAUUAACAACGAAGACGAAUUAAGCCGGUGGAACAUCACUCUAAACAACAAAGAACUGCAACGACGUUAUCUGGAGUACUUCUCCAAAAUCAUAAUUCCGAAUGCGUAUAAUCAAAAAGGCGACAACGCAUGCUAUACUGUGGUAGAUUGCCUGUUCACACGCGAAUUUUGGACUAAGAUGACAUGGACUGGCAUUAGUCGAAGCAACAAAUCGAAAAGAGGCUUCCGCGAAUACGGUAACGUCAUUCAACUGUUGGGCGAUAUAGUACGAAUCGGUGACCCGUCUUACACUGCACAGAAGCUGGAGCAGUUCUGUCGAAAUCGACUUUUCCGCUACUGCAAAUCGCGAUCCACCAGUCGAAGGCUACGGAAAUCAGCAUGCAGGCCAAAACGCACCCGUAAAGAAGCAGCAAACAUUGAGGACCACGACUCUGUUGAUGAUGAUAUGGGCUCGUUGAAUGAUGCACAUGUGUCGGGCGAACAUUCGCACAGCAGCGAAUGUGACACAGACACGCCUGUUUCGGAACGCGACGAACACACUUCAGAUUCCAAUUAAUUCGAAAUGUUGAUAAUUUAUUCAAGUCGAAUUCAGUUGAUUUUUUUUUUUCUUUUUUAUGUUAUUUUUAAAGGUUCUUUUAACAUGUUGGUGUACAUCACCCUAAAUGUAUGUUUUAACUUGGUUUAGGUAAUAUGUAUGUACCUUUCAGAAUACGUUGAUACAAAUUUGAUACUGCACUGUAAAAGUACAAUCAUUACAGCUUUGUUGCUUGCAGUAAUAAAACCGAGCAGUCAGAACUUCAUCU